CAGUUCGAUCGACCUCACAUAGCUUACUAUCCGGCGUCCAAGCUCAAUUCGUUGAAGACAAACAGAGAGAAAUGGCUAUUCGUAUGGCCAUCCUUGCAGCAGCUCUCUUGGCCUUGGCACUUUCUCAUGGCGCCAUGGCCUCCGAUCCAAGCCUUCUCCAGGACUUCUGCGUCGCAGAUAAACUCUCGCAAGUGCGUGUCAAUGGAUUGGCGUGCAAAGACGCAAAGGACAUCGUCGCCGAGGACUUCUUCUUCUCAGGCCUCCACAUGGCCGGCAACACCAGCAACAAGCAGGGCGCCGCUGUGACCGCAGUCAACGUGGCGCAGAUCCCCGGGCUGAACACCAUGGGAAUCUCCUUUGUACGCAUCGACUACGCGCCCUACGGCCUCAACCCUCACCAUACUCACCCGCGUUCCACCGAGAUCCUGACCGUGCUAGAGGGUUCCCUCUAUGUGGGAUUUGUGACCUCCAACCCCGACAACAAGAUGUUCACCAAGGUUCUCCACAAGGGAGAUGUGUUCGUCUUCCCCAAGGGUCUCAUCCACUUCCAGUUCAAUUAUGGGCCAACGCCCGCGGUAGUCCUUGCGGCAUUGAGCAGCCAGAACCCUGGGGUGAUCACUAUCGCCAAUUCUGUGUUUGGAUCCACCCCGUCCAUCCCGAAUGCGAUUCUCGCCAAGGCCUUUCAGGUGGAGAAGGAAACAGUAGACAUGAUGCAAGCUCAGUUCUGAGUGGGUUGUCAUUUGGGCAUUUGUCUGUAGCUGAUUUUUUUCCGUUUAUGUUUGUUUGUCUUGCAUUCUUUGCAUUGUUAAGUGGGAACCUUAUGUUGUUUGUUUUUGUUUUCAUAUUUUUGUUUCGCUCUGGGACCUUGUUUUGAAUGCCUAGGAAUUUU